AUGUCGACUAUCAUCAGUUCACCUACCAAUAGCCCCUCGGAUUCUGACUCGGUGUAUGACCUUAUUGUGGUUGGCUCGGGUUUUGCUGGGUGUAUGACCGCUCUAAACUUCCUUGAAGAUACCAAAGUCAAGGAAAAGGCCGCUAAAGUCGUCCUGAUAGAGGCCGAUAACAAGUUUGAUAGUCACUUCAAGAAUGAGAUGAAGCUUGUCAGUAAUGGGCUUGCUGAUCAGGCAUACUGCGAGAAACUGGAAGCGGAAGUCCCCACCACCGUGAAGUUUCUUUUGGACCAUGGAGUCAUGGUUCAACACCAAGAUGAGAGAGAUGUCUAUCUCGGAUUCAAUACAGGCCAGAAUUUUGCCAAAGGAGAAGGUGGCGGGUAUGCCAUAAUUCUCAAGCUAUUCGAGCACAUAAUUUCUUUCCCGAACGUGGACAUUAUGUGGGAGACAAAUGCGGAGGAACUCCUGACCCAAGAUGAUGGUACCAUACGUGGUGUCAAGGUUCGAAAGAACGACGGCCGCUUCACCAAAGUGUUUGGUAAACAAGUCAUGCUAUCAUGCGGUGGCUUUGAGGGUAACAGCGAAAUGUUGGGCCGAUACGUUGGACCUAGAGCCGAGCAGCUUGGUUUGAUAGCCCCUGGUCUCAAGUAUAACACAGGUUUCGGCCUCAAGAUGGGCUUGCAGGUUGGUGCAGCAACAGCGGGCUCCUUCCAUGGCCUGCACUGUGAGCUUGUUGAUACUCGCUCUUCGAAGCCAGAGGCAACGGUCUGGGGCCACAGCUUCGGUAUUGUUGUGAACCACCUGUUCGCUACAUGCGAAGUCAUUGCUUAUGAGACAUGGCGCGAAAAGGGCGAUACGAUUGAAGAUCUAGCCGUAAAACUCGGCCUUGUUCCUCAAGAAUUGAAGAAGACAGUGGAUGAAUACAAUGCUUCGAUCAAUGACAAAGAAUUUAACCCUAUGGCUCUUGAUGGUAAAAGCACCUUCGGCCUAACUCCUAACAAGACCAACUGGGCCGCUCCGAUCAAAGUGGCUCCUUUCUAUGGGUAA